AUGAAUUCCACAAAAACAGAAACAAUUCAAGAGGGGAUGUCGACGCCUGGACACGAUCAGGUAGCUUCUGAUGCUGUGUUGCACACGCCCUCGCCCAUGCAGGGUGAACCGCGAGCAUUGGUAAAGCGCCUCAGUAUCAUAGAUCGGCUCUUGACACCCGCCAUCCUUCUGGCGAUGAUCACGGGAGUUCUCAUCGGCGAGUUCGUCCCUGGUGUCCAAGCCGCAUUCGACACCGUCCGCCUUCAAAGUGUCUCAGUCCCUAUUGCCAUUGGCCUCAUUGUCAUGAUGUACCCCAUCCUUACUAAAGUGCAGUACGAAUCCCUACUCCGCACGCUUCCCACCCGGGAAAUGCUCGCACAGCUCCUGCUCUCGUUCAUCCUGAACUGGAUUGUUGCGCCUUUUAUAAUGUUAGCACUAGCAUGGGCGACACUCCCGGACCUUCCUGCGUAUCGAGCAGGCGUGCUCAUGGUCGGCGUGGCCCGCUGCAUCGCAAUGGUGAUGGUCUGGACGGAUCUUGCACGAGGAAACAUGGAGUACUGCGCUAUCCUCGUUGUGGUCAACAGUACAUUGCAAAUAGUGCUAUACGCACCAUAUGCUCUAUUUUUCAUUAAUGUCGUCGGCGGCCAAGGUGCCGGCAACGCCAUCCAUGUCUCAUACGGAGACGCCGCUAUAUCUGUGCUCAUCUACCUCGGGAUCCCGCUCGCUGCAGGACUCAUUACCCGCAUGUUAUUUCUCUACCUCACUUCCCGCACCUUCCUGUAUACAUACGUGCUUCCUUACCUUGGCCCUAUUGCACCCUUGGGGCUGCUCUACACCGUCAUCGUGCUCUUCGCGUACCAAGGUCAUCACAUAGUGCAUGACAUCGGCCCCGUCUUCCGCGUCAUGGUCCCGCUCAUCCUAUACUUCACGAUCAUGUGGGUAGGCACGUUCGCGCUCGUGCGGUGGCUGGGAAGGCGACGCGGUAAAGGGUGGGGUUACGAUAUCACGGUCGUGCAGAGCUUCACGGCUGCGAGCAAUAAUUUUGAGCUUGCAAUUGCGGUAGCAAUCGCUGUGUAUGGUGUCGGUUCCCAGCAGGCACUGGCUGCAACCAUAGGUCCCCUCGUCGAAGUUCCGGUGCUCCUGUCACUGACUUGGGUCGCUCUGUAUCUUGGACGAAAGCUCGACUGGGAUUCCGAGGGUCGACAAGAACCAUGCGAAGGCCCAAGUGUGGAAGGGAGGGUGGAAAAGAGCGAUGAGAUGAAAGAGGCUACAGUGCAAAAGUAA